CUGGGCCAUGAGGUUAACUCAAUUGACCCUCUGGCGACGCACACGAGAUGUUUCACAGAACUAACUGCACCUCUUAAUGUACUGACCCUAGUUCGAGUACAAGCUCACGAUUACACUGAUAGUAUGACGUUAGCCAUGAGACUUCGGAUAUAUUCGGGAGUGCUCGGGUAUGUUCGGAUCAUGCGAUCUCUGCUCGUUCUGUUCGUGCUGACCGUACUCUGCGGAGUUCACGGGAAGGGAAAACAUGAUGACAAGGUGAAGAUAGCUGUGUACUACGAGUCUCUCUGUCCGGACAGCAAGAAGUUCAUAACCAGCCAGCUGGCGCCCGUCUGGAGAGACUUUAGAGGACAAGUUAAAGUCAAGAUGGUGCCGUAUGGGAAGGCCACCCACGACAAAGUGAAUGGUAAAUGGCAGUUCAUCUGUCACCACGGACCCGACGAGUGUUACGGUAACAAGCUCCAGUCAUGUAUCUUGAAGGACCGCACGCUCCAGGACACAGACAAGAUGGAGCUCAUCAUCUGUUUGAUGGGACAGGAGCACCCCGACAAAUCCAUAGAUACAUGUCUCGUUCAAGUUAAGAGAGAAGCUGAGUCAGUCAAGUUGAAGAAGUGUGCGUCCGGGGCUCAAGGUGACGCGCUGCUCGCGUCCUACGGAGACAAGACGGACGUCGUACAGAGACCGUUAUCAUUCGUACCGACUGUUGUUAUCAACGAGAAAUUCGAUCAAGCCGUCCAAGACGAGGCUGUGUCAGACUUAAAGGCGGUCGUGUGUCGCGUGGCUGUCAACAAGCCAGCUAUGUGUGCUUAA